GAGAGGGCAGGGGUCGAGACCGAGGAGUGAGGGCAUGGGGAGGGGCGUAAACAAGGGCUGAGUCUGGGCCCAGCCAGGGGUAUUAGAGAGGCCGAGGUGGGGAGUGGGGCUGCGAUCCGCUCGUAUUGAAGUGGGUAGGAGCAGGAGGGAGAGGCUGAGGGUGUGAAGGGGAAGGGGGCUGUGGCAUGUGGUUGGAGGGAGGACUGGACUCUGAUGAGGGGUGUUGCGAGGAUGUGGGGAAAGCUCAGAAUUGGAGUUUAGACGAUUCUGGGGGGCUUCGAAAGUGUUAAAUUGGAUGUGGGAGGGGGAAGGGCCUAGGGGAGAAUUUGGGUGGAAAAGGAGAGAACGGAGGUUUGGGGAAUGGAGAGAGUGUCGGUGGGAGGAGGUAAUGGAGAAAGUGAGAGACUGGGAGGAAGAAAGUUUGGGAAGAAGGAGUGGAAUGGGAGAUAGGACAGUGGAGCUGCACGGGUGAUAGAGGUUCGGGGGUUUCCCUUUCCCCGGUGGAGAGGAGGAGAGAACAGAGUUAAGCAGCAUCAGUUGCAGCCAAUUCUAAUUGCCAGGUCCUUAGCUUUUAAGAGGGUGGGAAGGGCAGAAGGGAAUGGUCAUGUGGGUUUGCAGAAUUGGGGUUGGAUGAGAAUUCAACUGGGUUUGUUUUCCAAAAGACUCCCUAGCUUACUGUUCCCUUGUUUUUCCUGCUUGGGAAAAUGGGGAAGCCGGUGUCGUCCAAGUGUGGAGGAGCAAAGGACUUUUCUAGUUUUUAGCAUUAGCAAUAAAAGAGUGGGGGAGCAGACAUGGCUAUAUUGGAACCCUAUAUGCUAAGGUGGAGGCUCUGGAAGUCUGAGGAGGGAAAGACAAAAGAUAGAGUGGCAUCUAGACAGGCUAAUUAAAUGAGUGCUGUAGUUUCCAGACCCUUUUGCUGUUUAAGUCUAGAAGGGAGGGGGUAACAUGGAUACUGUAUGUAGAAAAACUUUCCCUGGUGAAACAUAGAUGUAUGAGUGGAUGCUACGCCAUUAGAUAUUUUGUUCUCAUUGUGUGCUAGUUAAGGGAAAGGGCCAAAGGUAGAAUUUGGAGGAUAGUGCUGGUCUGUUGUAACCACUUGCCUCCCAGUUUUUUCUGAAGAUGAAAGUUAACAUUAAUAUUGUAACAAAAUAGGAAUAAGGAAUUGUGGAGGAAGAUAAGAAAGUGCCAGAGGGUAAUUGAUUUUCCCAGAAGUUCUUAAAUUUGGGAGCUUUCUUACCGCAAGCCAUUGAGACUGGAAAUUCUUGGAGUUGGUAUUUUUGUAAAUUGACUAAUAGAGAGUUAGGGAAGCCUGGAGACUUGUUGGGGGUGAGUUCUCUAAAUGUCUUUAGGCUUGUCUGUGUACUUUUGCAACGAGAUUGUCUAAUUCUAUGGGCCUUCGAGGUUUCAAAGUAAAACUUGAAAAUUAAUUAUUUUCCUCUCCUUAUUUGUUUUUGUUUUGCUGCUGGCUGUGAAACUUGUGCUAGGAAGAGACCUGGGAAAUUAAGUUUCUUGCGGAGUGUGGAUUGCAGCUGCUGAGCAGGGAUUCUGGAAAGCAUUGCGUACCUGAGCCCCCAGCAUGGCGGGCCUAAAGCGGCGGGCAAGCCAGGUGUGGCCAGAAGAGCAUGGUGAGCAGGAACAUGGGCUGUACAGCCUGCACCGCAUGUUUGACAUCGUGGGCACUCAUCUGACACACAGAGAUGUGCGCGUGCUUUCUUUCCUCUUUGUUGAUGUCAUUGAUGACCACGAGCGUGGACUCAUCCGAAAUGGACGUGACUUCUUAUUGGCACUGGAGCGCCAGGGCCGCUGUGAUGAAAGUAACUUUCGCCAGGUGCUGCAGCUGCUGCGCAUCAUCACUCGCCACGACCUGCUGCCCUAUGUCACCCUCAAGAGAAGACGGGCUGUGUGCCCUGAUCUUGUAGACAAAUAUCUGGAGGAGACAUCAAUUCGCUAUGUGACCCCCAGAGCCCUCAGUGAUCCAGAACCAAGGCCUCCCCAGCCCCCUAAAACAGUGCCUCCCCACUAUCCUGUGGUGUGCUGCCCCACUUCGGGUCCUCAGAUGUGUAGCAAGCGGCCAGCCCGAGGGAGAGCCACACUUGGGAGCCAGCGAAAACGCCGGAAGUCAGUGACACCAGAUCCCAAGGAAAAGCAGACAUGUGACAUCAGACUGCGGGUUCGGGCUGAGUACUGCCAGCAUGAGACUGCUCUGCAGGGCAACGUCUUCUCUAACAAGCAGGACCCACUUGAGCGCCAGUUUGAGCGCUUUAACCAGGCUAACACCAUCCUCAAGUCCCGGGACCUGGGCUCCAUCAUCUGUGACAUCAAGUUCUCUGAGCUCACCUACCUCGACGCAUUCUGGCGCGACUACAUCAAUGGCUCUUUAUUAGAGGCACUUAAAGGUGUCUUCAUCACAGACUCCCUCAAGCAAGCUGUGGGCCAUGAAGCCAUCAAGCUGCUGGUAAAUGUAGACGAGGAGGACUAUGAGCUGGGCCGACAGAAACUCCUGAGGAACUUGAUGCUGCAAGCAUUACCCUGACCUUUUCCCUCUUCUCACUUUGGGGACUGUUCCCAUCACCCAUCUCUGGAGCUUACACUGUUCUGGGGUUUGUUCUCUACCCUUCCAACCAAUCACACCCCUGCCUUUUUUUUUUUUUUUUU